AUGCCUCUCCCGCAGAGGUCACACUCGGCAUACGAGCAGAACCGCUUUGCGAAGAGUCGUGCUCAGUGGCAGAGGGCAAAGACACAUUCCGCAACGGGACAAUCGACAAGCAAUCGACCACUCGCACCGAUAUCCGAGAAGACGAAAAACAAGUUGACCGAGUUCCAGUUCCAACCGCCAUCCGACGUGGUGGGCUUCACAUCGACGCCUCCCGAGAAAGAUGACCAGCAGGACACAUGCCGACCACCAGUCAGCCAAGAUGCAACGUCAAUGACCCCAGCUGGCCGGGUCAGCCUCAAAGACCUCAUGGCGCGGGAACCGAAGCCCUCCAUCGAAAUCGAACACCUCUCACCCAACGAGCGAAUCAUGUGGAACAAUAAAGAGGACCCGGCAUACUCCUCAAUGAUCUCCCCCAUGAUCUCAAGGAGGCAUAGGAAGAGGGCUCGCAGCUCGUCUCCCAUUUCCUCACCAUGCACGGACAUGGCGCCAACGCCUGUCCCAGCUGUCGAUGUCAAGAAACUAGGCGCAGCAUUGCGGUCUCCUCACGCAGACCCGACUCUUGAACUCUGGGACCGUUUCUCGCUCGGAAACCAAGGAGGCCUGGCCACGCCAUUGGGAGCAACGAACACCAGCCUUGCCCAAUUCAUGGUUUCCUCGUCUCCGAGACCCCCCAAGGGCGCGGUACCUUCGACCGGGGCCGGGUUCCGCAGGACUCUUAGCAAUGGACUCAAUUGGCCGAAGCGACGGCGCUUCGACCGUCCAGAGACCCUGGGCAUGUCUGCGAGGAAUAGCCAGUCAUUUGGCGAUGCCUCCAAGUCGUCUUUGGUCACUGCUUUGCUUGAUACUGUAGAGAGCAAGCAGGAGUUUACGUCGCCCGCAUCAGCCUCUGGAAAAGACAUGGCAUCAGAGUCGCCGUGCCCUCAGAAAAGGAGCACUGCCAUCCAUGGGACCACACAUGACCGGACCCCAUCGUCAAGUCCGUACAAACAGGAACGACCCAAGCACGGGAUUGCUCACAACCAGGGUCACGCAGUCAGACAGGGUCUUGGUCUGGGUAUUGUCACACAGGCAAAGCCUGAAUCUGACUACGGCGACGACGACUUUAUGGAUGACGAUCUUUUGGACGACGACACCCUGAUGCAGCUCGAUCUCACAACCACGCAGCCAUCGAAACCUGCCAGUCAGGCACCCAUGGGACCACCUCCUUCACCGUUGAAGAACGUUCAUAAACCGGUAGAUUUCCUGGAUGACGACUUCGAUGAUGACCUGGACGACAACAUUAUCGAAGCUGCGGGUCUCAUGAUGGACCACUUUGAGAAGACGAACGCAUCACAAGCCCCAUCUCAGCCAGUUCGAGCGCACCACCCGUCGCCCCCCAAUCUGGCGCCAGCAGCAGCUAAGGACGACCCAGAAGAUGAAUUUGGCGACGACUUCGGAGACUUCGAUUUCGAUGCGGCAGAAAUGGCGGCUACACAAUCCGCCAAACAGCCAACCUUGCCACUGCCCGCUACACAGAAACCCAAGGCCAUUCAGCGAUAUUUGGUGACCAACGUACUAGAAAGCGAGUACCUCGACGACCACGGCCGAACAAGGCUCGAGAAGAUGCUUCUUGUCCAAGUCGAGAAGACGAAGAUUGUGCGAACUAUACACCUCAGGGGUGACUGGUACGAAACGCCUGCGCAUGAAAAAUCCUUUGUUCACAUUAUCGGUGACUUCGACACCGAAGGACGCUGCGUUAUCAACGAUGAACAGAAUAUGGUUAUUUUGCACCCGGAUCAGCUCAUAUCUGCCACCGUCGUGGCCGAUUCCUUCACGUGCACCCGUCGUGCUGUGCUCCAGGAUCGCGUCAAGGCCACGAGCGAGGCUUCCGCGCCACUCGUGUACGGAACGAUGCUUCACGAGGUCUUUCAAGCAGCUCUUCUCGCGAACCAGUGGGACCUGAAGUACCUGAGCGCUGUCAUCGACACAAUCAUGGAGAAGCACGUCGAGGAUCUGUACAAGAUCAAAGUGAGCACAAACAUCGCUAAAGAACACCUGCAGUCCAAGAUGCCCGAGCUGAGCAGCUGGGCGGACAUGUUCGUCGCGUCACAGCCGAAGCCAGACGCCAUGGUAUCAGACCGCAACGGGAAGAAGGUCAACAUGUGCGUGAGCAAGCUGCUGGACGUCGAGGAGCAUGUAUGGUCGCCUAUGUAUGGUCUCAAGGGCAACAUCGACGCCACAGUCCAGGUCACCAUGAAAGACGGCAAUGACACUCGUGUUUUGACGGUGCCAUUCGAGGUCAAGACGGGCAAGAACGCCAACACGAGCCAUGUAGCCCAGACGUCUCUGUACAAUCUACUCCUCACGGACAGAUACGACAUUGAGAUUGUGUAUGGUAUUCUGUAUUACAUGGAGUCCUCGCAGACGUCGAGGAUCCCGGCCAUUCGACAGGAGCUCCGCCAUAUGAUCAUGCAGCGAAAUCAGCUCGCCUGCCACAUCCGCGAGCGGAGCGUGCAGCUCCCGCCGAUGAAGAAGAGCAAGCACAUGUGCAACAAGUGCUAUGCCAAGACGGCGUGCUUCAUCUACCACCGGCUCGCAGACAACGGCGACGAUGUGACAAGCGGCAUGGGCAAGCAGUUUGACGAGGUCGUCAGGCACCUGACGCCUACCCACCAAGAAUUUUUUAUCAAGUGGGAGAAUCUUUUGACAAAGGAAGAGAAGGAGAGCCAAAAGCUCCGGCGAGAGUUGUGGACCAUGGUCAGCAAAGAAAGGGAGAAACUCGGACGAUGCUUUUCUGAUGUCAUCAUCGAGGAAGGCUCUUGGUCCGAAGAUCACAACAGCCCCAGCAUCAACCGAUUCCGAUACAACUUUAUCAAACGGGAGCACAACGGCACGCACUCCUUCAUGGAAUCGCAGCUGGCCGUCGGCGAACCGAUCGUCGUUUCUGAUGAGCAGGGCCACUUCGCUCUCGCUCUGGGUUAUGUCACGUCAGUGCGCAAGCAGAGGAUCUGCGUCGCCGUGGAUCGGCGUCUGCACAAUGCCCGGGUGCGUCAGCCCGGUUUCAACGAGCACGAUAAUCAGGUAUUCGCUGGUAUCAUGGAAGUCGAGCCUGAAGGGUCCACCCCUGAUCAGCAUCAGGGCAGGGUUCGCGGUGAGCCCAUGCGCUACCGACUCGACAAAGACGAGUUCAGCAAUGGCAUGGCGGUUGUGCGGAACAACCUUGUUCAGAUCAUGGCCGACGACGUGUUUGGAGCUCGCGAGAUCCGCCGCUUGGUGGUCGAUCUGGUUCCGCCGCGGUUCAAGGCCGCACCGACUCAGUAUGAGAUUGCGGACCGGGCAAGCCUGAAUGUGGACCAGCAAGCUGCCAUCGAGAAGGUCAUGACGGCACAGGACUACGCCUUGGUACUGGGCAUGCCUGGCACGGGCAAGACGACAACCAUCGCCCACAUCAUCAGGGCUCUCGUGUCCCAGGGCAAAAGUGUCUUGCUCACGUCGUACACGCACACGGCUGUGGACAAUAUCCUCCUCAAGCUCAAGCACGACAGCAUCCCUGUCUUGCGACUGGGGGCACCGGCCAAAGUGCACCCUGAGGUCCAGGAGUUUGCCACGCUGGCAGCCGUGCCGAUGCAUUCAUUUGAUGAGAUCAAGUCGGCGUGGCAUGAUCCUCCGAUUGUUGCGACCACGUGUCUCGGCAUCGGCCACCAUGUCUUCAACGAGCGUACAUUUGAUUAUUGCAUUGUCGAUGAGGCGUCGCAGAUCACGCUGCCAAUCUGCCUUGGCCCCAUCAGGAUGGCCAAGACGUUUGUUCUGGUAGGAGAUCACAACCAGCUUCCUCCGCUGGUGCAGAAUGAGGAGGCUCGCGAGGGUGGCUUGGACGUCAGCUUGUUCAAGCUGCUCUCUGAUACGCACCCGGACUCGGUCGUCAACCUAGAGCAUCAGUAUCGCAUGUGUGAGGACAUUAUGACUCUGAGCAACAGCCUCAUCUACAAGGGCCGGCUCAGGUGUGGCACGGAACAGCUCCGUUUCACCAAGCUUGACGUGCCCAACAUGGGCGCUCUCCAGCAAAGGCAUUACGACUCUGCUCGCCUCCUGCAGCCUAGUGCGCCGCGGUCGUUCUGCGCCGGUCCCACGCCUGGACGGUGCUGGAUCCGUGACCUCCUGGAGCCCGAGACGCGCGUCCGCUUCAUCAACACGGACACGCUGCAACCCCGGACGCACGAGGAAGCCAAGGGCAACCGCAUCGUCAACCCCGGCGAGGCGCGCGUCGUGACGCAGCUCGUCGAGUCGCUCGUCGCUGUCGGCGUUCCCGAGACGGAGAUCGGCGUCAUGACGCACUAUCGCUCCCAGCUGGCGCUGCUGAAGCACGGGCUGCGCGGUCACCCCAGCGUGGAGAUGCACACGGCCGACCGCUUCCAGGGCCGCGACAAGGAGGUCGUCGUGCUGUCGCUGGUGCGGUCCAACGACGCGUGCGCUAUUGGCGACCUGCUCAAGGACUGGCGGAGAAUCAACGUGGCGUUCACGCGCGCCAAGACGAAACUCCUCGUCGUCGGCAGCCGGGAAACGCUCAAGGGUGCGGGCCACGACGAGAUGCUCGCCAGGUUCAUCGGCCUCAUGGAGAGCAAGGCGUGGGUGUAUGAUCUGCCGGCGGACGCGCUCGAGUCGCACGUCUCGGACGACGCGGCUACGCAGGCGUCGACGGCCGCAGCGCUGUCGCCUGUCAAGGCGAGGCCGGGGCUCGGAGGGCCUGUGAAGGCGAUCGGGGGGUUGAAGGGUUUCGAUAAGGAGAAUCAGAGACCGGAGCCAAAGAGGGCCAUGGCGGGAGAGAGGCUCCUGACGAAGAAUAGGCCGAUUACCAGGGAUAUCCUGAACGACAUGACGAACGGGGCGUAUUGA